AUGAAGUCCGCUCCUGCAUCUGCACUUCUCUUUGCACUGUCUGGCAUUUUUGCUCAUGCCGCACCAGUGUCAGAUGAGCGGUUUCCAUAUACCGGACCAGCAGUUCCAAUUGGUGACUGGCUAGACAACACUGUCAAUGGAAAUGGCAAGGGAUUCACACGUCUAGUGGAAGUUCCCGCAGUGACUCCUGCUAAGCGCAAUCCCACAAACAACGUGAACGUCAUAUCCUUGGCAUAUAUCCCCAAUGGCAUGAAUAUCCAUUACCAAACACCUUUCGGCUUAGGCAUCGCGCCUUCAGUCAAAUGGGGGACGAGCAAGAAUAGACUUACCAAGUUCACCCAGGGAUCCACUCAUACUUAUGAUCGUACGCCUCCUUGCUCGAUGGUCAGCUUGAUCACUAUGUGCAACCAAUACUUUCAUGAGGUCAACUUGCCUAACUUGAACCCCGGUACAACCUACUAUUACCAGAUCCUCGCUGCAAAUGGCACCACGGAAUCAGAGAUCUUGAGUUUUACCACUGCUCGCCAAGCUGGAGACAAGGGCUCGUUCAAAGUUGCGGUAUUGAACGAUUUGGGCUAUACCAAUGCCCAGGGGACUCACCGACAGCUCGUCGACGCGGCUAAUAGUGGUGCAGCUUUUGCAUGGCAUGGUGGUGAUAUCUCGUAUGCCGACCAAUGGUCUUCUGGUGUCCUGCCAUGCGAUGAUAUUAUACCUGUGUGUUCCAAUGGAACUAGUUCGACAUUGCCUGGCGGUGUUAUCACCGAAGAAUAUGCCAAGCCCCUGCCCAAAGGAGAAAUCCCUAACCAAGGUGGUCCUAAUGGGGGUGAUGCCAGCUCUAUCUAUGAGACAAACUGGGAUAUCUGGCAACAGUGGAUGAAUGAUGUUACUCUCAAAUUGCCAUAUAUGGUCAUGCCAGGUAACCAUGAAGCCUCCUGUGCCGAAUACGACCUUCCUCCUUAUGAGUUGACCGCGUAUCUGGUCGAUGAUAAGAAGAAUGCCUCCGCAGCCUCAAGCAAUCUAACAUACUAUAGCUGCCCUCCAUCUCAAAGAAACUUCACUGCUUAUCAGCAUCGUUUCCGUAUGCCUGGACAGGAGACUGGAGGCGUUGGAAACUUUUGGUAUUCCUUCGACUACGGUCUAGCCCACUUCAUUUCAUUGAAUGGCGAGACCGAUUACGCAAAUAGUCCGGAAUAUAGUUUCCUCGAGCAUGUCACUGGUAAUGAAACUUUGCCGACCGAGUCAGAAACUUUGGUCAACGAUAGUGGACCCUUUGGAGAAGUUCAUGGCAGCGUCUACAACAACACAGCCUAUGAACAGUACUGGUGGUUAAAGAACGAUCUUGCCAAAGUGGACCGUAGCAAGACCCCUUGGGUCUUUGCCAUGAGCCAUCGUCCAAUGUACAGCUCGGAUCCAGCUUCCUACAAGGCUCCAAUGCGGGCAGCAUUUGAGGAACUAAUGAUUGAAAACGGAGUUGACGCUUUUUUCUCCGGUCACAUUCACUGGUACGAGCGCAUGUGGCCAAUGGCCAAUGGCACAAUCGAUACUUCUUCCAUCGUCAACAACAAUACAUACUACACAAACCCUGGGGUCUCGAUGACCCAUGUUGUUAAUGGUCAAGCAGGCAACGUUGGCGGCCAUACUGUUAUUGAUACGGAUGAAAUUACCAACAUCACUGCCUUUUUGGAUCAGGAGCAUUAUGGUUUCAGUAAGCUCACAAUUGAGGAUGAAAGUGUGGCCAGGUGGGAGUUCAUUCGCGGCGAUGAUGGAUCUAUUGGGGAUUCUCUUGUUCUCAUGAAACAUCCUUCGACUCCUUCCCACGCCAAGGGCAACCAGAUCAAAAACGACCACCACUAA